AAGAUAACGUAUAUAUUUUUUUACAUUUGUUUACAAUUGGAAGUGUUUUGUUAGUGGAAGUUUUUAUUUUUAUCAUAAGAUGCAGUUGUCUAAAGUGCGUGUAGUAAAUUUGGCAGCGGUGAACAAAACUUUUUUAAGAAGCACCACUUCUAUAACCAAAGAAAAUGCAGAAGCAAUCCAGAAUCUAAAACCAUGGAAAGAGAUCCCCGGGCCACCGGUUCUGCCUAUUAUAGGAUCUAUACUAAGUUUUUUACCUGGAGGGAAGCUAUCAGGAUACAAGGGCGUUAAGUUCAGUGAAAAGUUGUAUCAACUAUAUGGACCUAUAGUGAGAAUUGAAGGACUUAUGGGAGCGCUCCCAAUGGUGAUGCUAUUUGAUGCAGAUGCUGUUGAACAUGUCCUCCGAUCUGAGAAUACAAUGCCAAUACGACCCGGCUUCCCUUCCAUGGAGUACUAUCGCAAACAACACAACAAGACUUAUGAUCCCAAACGACAGACCGGGCUGAUAUCCGAUCAGGGUGAAAACUGGAAAGAUUUUCGAUCAAAGGUAAACCACAUCAUGCUACAACCGAAGACAAUUAAAUUGUACAAGGAUGUUCUAGAAGAUGUUGCCAAUGAUAUGGUUGCGAAAUUGAGAUCUGACAGAGAUGAAAACAAUAUGAUAACAAAGAAAAUAGACAUUGAGAUGAACCUAUGGGCUUUGGAGUCUAUUGGAGUGGUAGCCCUGGGGACCCGAUUAAAUUGCUUUGACCCCAAUCUACCAGCAGAUUCCCCUGCAAGGAAACUGAUACAAAAUGUACAUGAUACCUUUGAAAUUGUGGAAAAGGUUGACUUUGGACCAAGCCCUUGGAGAUUUUUGUCAACACCGAUGUUUAAAAAAGCUAUGAAAGUUUUUGAAGAACAAGAAAGUUUAACAAAAUUCUUUAUCGACCAAGCAAUAAAAAAUAUGGAAGAGUCCAAAACGAACUCAACUGACACUUCCAAUUCAGAGAAGCCUAUUUUGGAAAAGCUACUCGAGAUUGACGUUCGAGUAGCACACAUUAUGGCAUCAGACAUGCUUAUGGCUGGUGUUGACACGGCUGCGAACACAGCACUUGCUACAUUUUACCUUCUUGCAACAAAUCCUGGUAAACAAAAGAAGCUUAGAAAAGAAGUUUUAGCCAAGGAAACUCAGAAACAAUACUUGAGGGCCUGCAUUAAGGAGUCUAUGAGGAUGCUACCUGUAGUUAAUGGGAAUAUUAGAUUGGCUACUAAAGAAUACAACUUGCUGGGAUACAGGAUUCCAAAAGACGUUAUGGUGAUAUUUCCCCACCAGUACAUGUCUAAUAUGCAGGAGCAUUAUCCAAAUCCUGACGAGUUCAUACCAGAAAGAUGGCUGACUGACAAGGAGGAUCCUAUUUAUCAUGGCAACACUCACCCCUUCGUUACCAGUCCGUUCGGCUAUGGUGUUAGGAUGUGCAUAGGUCGCCGCAUCGCAGAACUAGAAAUGCAGACAUUCAUAUCUAAAGUGAUAGAGAAUUUCGAUAUCGACUGGACGGGAGGACCCAUCAACGUCAAGGCCAAUUCGCUCAACUAUAUUACGGGACCCUUUCAUUUUGUAUUUAAAGACUUGUAGACAAAUUUAAUAAUGAUU